AUGUCUUUUGUAGACAAUGGCGAGGGUUUGCUGCGUAUUGCACGUAGCCCCCAGCUUUCGCCCGAGGCGGCGCAGGUGUUCAACCCGGAGACGACGCCCUCCGCAGUGCGGAAAGAAGUCGCUGAAGAGAUCCGUUCGAAUGCUGAUGAAGGGAAUGUAGGGUUGCAGGGUGAUAAGGAGAAGGGAUCGUCAAAUUCACAAAGCGUCAUGAUUCACGUCGGCGCCGCCCAGAACAGCAACACUCCCGUCGAAACCAACCGUCCUGAAGCGCAUCUAUUAGAAACGGGUGCAAAGUGUGGGUCUCGUAAACGGGCCCUAGGAAAUUUUCGCAAGGUGGGCUGCUUGUUUUGUACUAAAGAUGCCUGGCAUGCAUAUAUACUCGCUUUCAUGGCACUUCUUGAGGGCAUUGUGAUUAUCUUAUUUGUGCCGCCCAGUGGUGAACUGCUUAGCUACUUUGUUAUAGGGUUGCUUCUAAUUGGCUCAUUGGUGUGUUUGCUCCUUUCGGUGUGGUUGGAUCCUGGGAUCGUGCCGCCCGCGCCGGCAACGGCCACACCGAAAGCACCGGAGAUACGCACGAUAAACGGGACCAAAGUUUUGUGCAAGAUAUGCCCAACAUGCCACAUCAUCCGCCCGCCGCGCAGCACACACUGCCAGUUCUGUGAUGUUUGUAUGGAGGAGUUUGACCACCACUGCGGCUUCAUAGGAAGCUGUGUUGCGAAGCGAACCUAUCGCUUUUUUGCUGGCUUCUUUAUUCUUCGGUCAUGUAUGGUAAUUUAUACUAUUAUACGAAGCUUCCUUAGACUGUUUACCUCUAAGAGAAAGGAUUCUCUGGCAGCAGACUGUAACUCCUGGAUUGUGAUAAUCCUAUGUCUCAUUGUUUCGUUAACGGAAGCCACUUGUGUUUUACCCAUGUCGUUUAUCUAUAUCAAAAUGGCGCUUCUGAAGACAACCCAGAAGGAAUCGGCGCGGGGCCCCUCCGGUGUGUGCGUGCGAAACCACCCCUACAGUAAAAACCUCUGCUACGAUUGUCUCAAGCGAUUCUUUGGGCCACUCGGCAGAAGCUACAUUGAAAGUGAUUAUUAUGUAUAA